UAUGCAUCACCUAAAAGCAAGCCAUGACAUCUCUGUCUUCUCUCUGGUGGCAAUAGCAGUGAUGAUCGAUAAGUGAAACUCGCUUCGAUCGACAUGGAAAUCUCGCAUACGGGUUGCAUCUAAAAUCGAAGAGGGGGCAGAAGAAGCGGCAUCGUCUCUCUCAAAUUUUUCUGUCUAUGAUCAUGUGUUAUCUCGUUCCAACCCAACGUUGAAUACAACUUUCAGAAAUAUGAUCUGAGCGACUAUCAUGUCUCGUAUGAACGUGAUAAUUGCUACAGGGUUUAUAUGAUUUACAUAAUAUAUAAAUAUAAAUGUAAUUUAAAUAUAUAUGUAUAUAUAUGUAUCGAGCUUUUUUAAUUGUGAGAACAUAUGUAUUUUAUCACUGUGAGGUAAUUUAUUUAUGCUAUUUUCCGGGACCAAGAUGCCAGAACGAAUCGAAAUCGGUGUCAUUCCGAAUAAUUUGAGACACGAGGAAACUAUAGUUCAAAUAGCAGAAUCUUUGGACAACUUGAGUGAUGCUGUCUCAUAUAUAUUUGAUUGUAUAGACAAGAGGCUUUCGGAAAAUACGCAGAGAUUAACUAGCAUUAAAGAAAGAGCGAGGAAAUUGGAAGAUAGAUUACACUAUUUACAAACUAAUUUAAACUUGAAAGCAGUAAAAAUGUACUCUGCUGCUAAGUAUCCAGCUAGUCAUACUUAUAAAGAGUAUCAAAUGACUAUACCUCCGCAGCGCAAACAUGCGCCUAUUAUACCAAACGCUUAUAAAUGUUCUGUGCCUAUAAAAGAUAUUCCCGAAGCGUAUUUAUCUUCUAAUUGUAAGACGGAGGACGGUCAGUACGCCGCGAAUGUCAAUCUCCAAGAGAAACUCCAAUUUUAUCAUGUACGAUCAAAGGCUAGCAAAAAAGAUAACCCUGAAGAUAAUGAGGAGCUAUUGCCGCCACAAUUAUCUUCAGUUAGCGCCCUCCUACUGUUUGACAGUAUGGAUAGUCCUUAUGAAAAAACAUCCACUAGAUCAUCGCGUCAAUCUACGGACAAGCAGCAAAUUGAAGAUGCACCAGAUUCGAUUGUACAACCGUGGCUCUCGUCAGAUAUGGACGCGUCUUCCAGUUACUUAUAUACACCAACUCUCGGAGAGGUUCCUCAAAUAAACGUACCACUAACACUCCCAGAUUUACCGGGCAUUGUGGAUGAUGAAAAAUUCGUGCUCGAUCUUAAUUCCCAAAGUCCCAUCGCGCCAUCAUCCGCAGUCACGACGCCCACCGUUCGCUUGGAUCUACCGACACCCAUCAGCGACGAAAAAGAUUCUGGGUCGAAGAUGGAGGAUAGUGUUCCACAUUUGCCUACAACCAUGACAACCGCAUUGCAAGAACCUACGCCACCACCUCCUCCGCCUCCUACAUUUACCGUAAAUGCAAAUUGCCAUGAUGCCGUGAACAAUGAAAAAAUUGGUUUCCAACAAGUUGCGGCACCUCCGCCACCACCGCCACCACCGCCACCGCCGCCGCCACCGCCACCGCCAGCUACAGACUCGACUGUGUCUUCGUCAAACAAUAAAACGGAGAAACAAGAGAAGACAAUGAACCGUUUGUCCGCAAAUACUACAACGGAUGAUCGUUCCAAUUUAAUGGCGGCGAUUCGAGACGCUGGCGGGAUAGGUAGGGCGAAAUUGAGGCCUACUGCACCGGAUGCAAAAAAAUGCGAUAGAUGGUCAUCGGCAUCAGUCGGAGGAGACCUGAUGGCGGAUUUGCACGCGAAAUUAGCUCUGAGACGCAAAGGUAUCGCUGGUUCUACGGUGGGCGCUCUGGAAAGAAUGUCCAGUCUGAUACCACCACCUCCAAAACCAAAUGAAGCGUCCGCAUCCGAUAGAAAUUCUGCUACUAGUGAAUAUGAUUCUCAACCUGACACGGAUGAUUGGGAAGAGUGAUUAUUACUGUUGCGGUGAUUAAUCGAGCAUCGUACUGUUGAACAAUUAUUGUAACAUAUGGAGCAAUCUCAUCUAGACAAAUGGCUUAAAUAAUCAGUAUUCGCAUGUGUGAAAACUCAGGGGAAAUUCGAUAUAUAAUAGACUAAUAAUCACAAUACUGAAAUAGGCUGAUGGUCACAAUACAGAUCCAGGUGUAGUGUUUUUUUAUCCAACAGAUAUGAAAACUACUUAGUUUUUAAUUUUAUUUGGUGUGUGACUGCUGAUUAUAUUUCUCUCCUUUGUUAAUUUGCACACAAGUUUAUGUUGAAAAAAUUUGUGAUAUUACAAUUCACGUAAUGCAAGCAGAAAGAUAUUAUAUGAUAAUUAUAUUUAUAA